AUGGAAAAUAUUUUAAAAAGUUCUUUCUUUUUACUGUCAUUGUUCAUCCUUCUAGGACAAGAAGCAAGUGGCGGUGGGGACAGCGUUAGUGAAGACUCGAAUCCAUCUCAAUGUAUUGAUGAAUGCACUGAGAGAGAUGAAAGUAUUGCAGAUUUGAAAAAAAAACUAGAUGAACUGUGGAAAUCAAUAGAGGCUGAUCUGAAGAAUCUUUUAACGCCUGAAGAUUGGAAUAAUUUGAACAAUCCAGGAGAACUUAAGGGAGAAUACGACUUUGGAAGCCCAGAAUGGCAAAAACUUUUGAAAAAAUUGAGCUACUAUAUUAAGCUUGAUCAGGACUUGCAAGGUUUAGCUAAUGACAAUGAGAAGAAAAACGAAAAAUGUGAAAAAUGUCCAAAAGUUGAGAUCACCGAGGAAACCAUAAUAGAAUAUGAUAAGGACGGCAAUCCAAUAAAGAUAACUAUAAGAAAAAAGACAGUUGAAGGAGGUUAA